AUGCCUGUUGGGAGAACUACAUCCAUCUUAUCACAGGCAAGAUGGCGUCUGGCCUCUCAACGCAGACUGCCCCCGCAUCGACAGCUACAUCUAGCACCCCCAUUUCUCCUGGAUACCUAUAUCCCACGAUACCAUCUUCUCUCCUCUGUGGAUGCAGCUAAGAAGCGAUCUCAGGCAUACGGUCAUCUGCGGAACUGCAACCUUUGCCCGCGGCUAUGUGGAGUGAACCGGUACGAGAAGACUGGCCACUGUCUUAUUGGAGCCGAGACAGCAAAGGUCAAUGUCAUCGCGCCGCACUUUGGAGAGGAGCCCUGCAUCCAAGGGUGGAAUGGCAGUGGCUCGGUUUUCUUUUCCGGAUGUAACCUGAGAUGUGUCUUUUGCCAGAAUCAUGACAUUGCGCAUCAGCGGAAGGGAUUCGACCUUACCCCUGAGGAGCUUGCUGAGUGGUAUAUGAAGCUACAAGAAGUCGGAAAGGUUCAUAACAUCAACCUCGUUACUCCGGAACAUGUCGUUCCCCAGGUUGUCUUGUCGAUUCUGCAUGCACGAGAAAUCGGGCUGAAGAUACCGAUUGUCUACAACACCUCUUCAUUUGAUUCUCUAGACUCGCUGAGGCUACUAGACGGGCUGGUAGAUAUAUAUCUCCCUGACUUCAAAGUAUGGAAGGACAGUACUUCUAAACGACUGCUCAAGGCGGAUAACUAUACCGCCACGGCUAUGGAAAGCAUAAAAGCGAUGCAUGCCCAGGUUGGAGAUCUAUCUUUUACAGCAGACGGUGUCGCGAAGCAGGGGGUACUCCUUCGUCAUCUUGUUAUGCCCGGCAUGGAAGAUGAGGGGAAAGAAAUCGUCAAGUGGCUUGCGAAUAACGUAUCGAAGGAUAUGUAUAUACAUAUCAUGGAACAGUACCAUCCGGAUGCACAUGUUGGAAAGAAGAGGAGGGGAAAGGGCAACGGUGUGGGGGAAGAGCAGGCAGUGCGGUAUAGUGAUAUCAACAGACCUGUCACUGAAAGAGAACUUGGAGCUGUACAACUCGCAGCCAAGGAUGCAGGCUUGUGGAGGUUCUGCGAACCCGCAGAACACGGCGGAUUCCAUCUCUAA